AUGGGAAGAAAAGCAGCAGCUCUUGUCUAUGGGAUUGGUAAGAAACGAUUGGAUACGGGCGCACGAUUGUUUUGCGUUACCCGACCAAGCACUGGUAGAAGCGCAAAAUUGGAAACGUUCGAUGAAAUCUCAAAACGUUUUCAGCCAUCGACUCCAGAAGAGACCGGAAAGAUCUGGAAUGAUCAGUUUGAAGGUUACUUUUGA